AUGAAAGGAAAGGAAAUAGUCAUUUCUGAAAGAGAGAUACUUCAUAGCAGGAAGAAGCUUGUGACCAUCCAUCACAGGACAAUCCUCUGUUCUGGUCUUCCUUGCCACUGAUUAAUAUUAAUCUCAGUACUAAUUCAUGCAAAUGGAGAAAUAAAUCACUUUCUAGCUCAGACAUAGAAGUAUGUGAAACAUUUGGUCUUUAAAAAUAGGGUCUUUGCCUUUCCACACGCCAUCCUUGAAGCAAGUUCUUUUCUUUAGAUUUAAACAUGCAAAUGAUUGAUAAUAUUGCUACCCUAAUCACCAGCCCAAAAACAGUAUUCUAGUUUUGUGAUAGAGAGUGUUUUAUAUCAUUUUGCACUUUUAUCAUCUUACAACAUAUGUUACUGCUUGCAGUGCCCAGCACUGACCUGGAGGUGAAGUGCAAGAUAAAAGGACAUUAAAGAACAUGGGUGCUUGUUGUACCUAAAAGAGGCAAAGUGGAAACCCUGUGGAGUAACAGUAACAUAGUGUUCCGUGAGUUCAGUUUCCCCUACUCCUCAUCUCAGGAAUCCAGUGGUUCUGGACACAGAAAGAAGAAAUAUUGACACUAGAGCCGACAAUUGCAAAGAAUCACUUUUUGGGGAAUUCAAUUCAAUAAACACAUCUUGAGUUCCUACCAUUUAUCAGGCACUUUGGUAGUUGCCAGGAACAUAAAGUGAAUAAUGCCCUCAUGGUUGGGAGUGGUGGUGGGAAGCAAUGCCCACAAAUUCUUACUUUAAGGGAAAUUAUCAGCAAAGGUAUGAUGGGUGAGGGACUUGUCUAGACAACAGUUCCUCUUUCGCAAACGAUGUGAAAAUAAUACAAUAGAAAAUACAUUUUUAAAACUCUUAAUUGGAGUUCCUAAGAUGUCUGGAAAUGGAAAUUGUGUUCAAAGCGGCACAACAAUUUGGAGAAACAGUGUAAAUUAAAGGGGAUAAAUGUAAUUUAUUACCUCCAGGCCAAAAUCAGGCAACAGGAGAUAGAAGUUGUAGAAUGAAUGUUCUCCCAGUUUAACUAAGCGUGGCAAAUUUCCUACGAUGGGGCCAGCAGUGAAACAUUAAGUAGAGGGUCUAGGUAGGUCUUGCUCCAUUCCUUGGACAGGCUUGAGACAUGAAUUUUCCAUUUCCUCUUAUUUUCUCACCCACCAGGAAAUCUCACUGUACUGAAAAGACCAGGCUGCCCUCCCCAAUCCCAACCAGAAACUUGGUCCGAUUCUUCCCAACGGCUGAAAUCUCAGCUACAAAAGUUAGUGUGAACCACUCGGUACAGAAGCCAAGUCCUUGAAUGCUUUUGUUGACCCAUUUUUCUUUAGACUCCUGGUGCGAACUCAUCAGCACCCGUUACUCUGUUCAGCUUCUCAUCCAAACAGCAGCUCUGUUAUUUUGAGCCCUCCCUGCCUAGCGGUCUUCUGCCCUCAGGUGGACUCAGGACACUCGCAGCAGUCUUGCCUUUUCACCAGGGCGCCCACCUGGCACGCCACGCCCUCCCUCGACAACGCUCCAGGCCCACAACACAUUCCCAACCCUCCUCCUCGCCUGCCUCCGCCCGCUGCCGCCUCGCUCCACGAAGUCCGCCUCCCCACCGCGGGCCCAGGUGGGGUGUGUGGGGCGAGGAAACCUGGCGCUCUCGGGGCCGCGCUGCGGCCCAAGAGGGGUGGAGAAGCCCCGCGCCUGGGAUGCGGCCUCGCAGGCCGGGGCAGGGGGCGAUGACCAGAAGCCCACCGAGCCCCGGGGCCUGGGCCCUCCGGCCAGACCUUCCGAGGGCCGCCUCGGCUGGGCCGCGGUUCUGGGGGACGCCGAAGUGCCACACGAGCGUGCUUCCGUGACCCAGAGGGGCUCGGAGGGCUCGGUGAGGGGCCCGGCAGGGCGACUCCCCGGGGAAGCGGGGCGCGCCCCCGCGCGGUGGGCGGGAACCCUGAGGGGACGAACAGCGGGCGCGCGCCCCAUGGGGGCGGAGGGGAGCGGAGGAGGGUUGGGGAGGCGUCUCUGCGGAGCCCAGCGCUCCGCGCCACACCCAGACGGAGCCUCUCGGCGGCUGCGGCAGCCGCCACAGCAACAGGCGGCGGAGGGACGAAGGGGCGGGGAGCGGCAACGGGGCGGGGAGCGCGAGGAGGGGCGACGCGGCCCCGCACCGCCGCCUCUACCCCGCCGCAUGGACGAGCACCUCAGCCUCCUGCGCUCGCCGCCGCCGCCGCUGCCCUCCGCCCGCCACCGCGCCCACCCUCCCCAGCACCCCGAGAGCGGCGGCGGCGCCCACACACUGGUGAACCCGGGCUACGCAGAGCCCGCCGCGGGCCCCGCGCUGCCGCCCGACAUGACGGUGGUGCCCGGGGACCACCUGCUGGAGCCCGAGGCGGCCGACGGCGGCGGGGAACCGCCUCAGGGCGGCUGUGGCGGCGGCGGCGGCGGCGGCGGCGGCGGUGGCGGCUGCGACCGCUACGAACCGCUGCCACCCGCGCUGCCGGCCGCCAGCGAGCAGGACUGCUGCGGGGAGCGCGUGGUGAUCAACAUCUCAGGGUUGCGCUUCGAGACGCAGCUCAAGACCCUCUGCCAGUUCCCGGAGACACUGCUGGGCGACCCGAAGCGGCGCAUGAGGUACUUCGACCCGCUCCGCAACGAGUACUUCUUCGACCGUAACCGGCCCAGCUUCGACGCCAUCCUCUACUACUAUCAGUCCGGGGGCCGCAUCCGCCGGCCGGUCAAUGUGCCCAUUGACAUCUUCUCCGAGGAGAUCCGCUUCUACCAGCUGGGCGAGGAGGCCAUGGAGAAGUUCCGCGAGGACGAGGGCUUCCUGCGGGAGGAGGAACGGCCCCUGCCCCGCCGGGACUUCCAGCGCCAAGUGUGGCUGCUCUUCGAGUACCCGGAGAGCUCCGGGCCGGCCCGGGGCAUCGCCAUCGUGUCCGUGCUCGUCAUCCUCAUCUCCAUUGUCAUAUUCUGUCUGGAGACGCUGCCCGAGUUCCGUGACGAGAAGGGCUACCCCUCCUCGCCGUUUCAAGAGCUGUUGGAUGCGCCCAGCAACAGUACGUCGGGGGCCCCCGCCGGCGCCUCCAGCUUCUCGGAUCCCUUCUUCGUGGUGGAAACCCUUUGCAUCAUCUGGUUCUCCUUUGAGCUGCUGGUGCGGUUCUUCGCGUGCCCCAGCAAAGCCACCUUCUCGAGAAACAUCAUGAACCUGAUAGACAUCGUGGCCAUCAUCCCUUAUUUUAUCACGCUGGGCACGGAGCUGGCUGAGAGGCAGGGCAAUGGACAGCAAGCCAUGUCCCUGGCCAUCCUGAGGGUCAUCCGCCUGGUGAGGGUCUUCCGCAUCUUCAAGCUCUCCAGGCACUCCAAGGGGCUGCAGAUCCUGGGGCAAACGCUGAAGGCUUCCAUGAGGGAGUUGGGGUUGCUUAUCUUUUUCCUGUUUAUUGGGGUCAUCCUUUUCUCCAGCGCAGUCUACUUUGCCGAGGCAGAUGACCCCACUUCAGGUUUUAGCAGUAUCCCGGAUGCCUUCUGGUGGGCAGUGGUAACCAUGACAACAGUAGGUUAUGGUGACAUGCACCCAGUGACCAUAGGGGGCAAGAUUGUGGGGUCUCUCUGUGCCAUCGCUGGUGUCCUGACCAUUGCUUUGCCUGUCCCUGUGAUUGUUUCCAACUUCAAUUACUUCUACCACCGGGAGACAGAAGGGGAAGAGCAAGCCCAGUACAUGCAUGUGGGAAGUUGCCAGCACCUGACCUCAUCGGCUGAGGACCUCCGAAAAGCACGGAGUAAUUCCACUCUGAGUAAGUCGGAGUAUAUGGUGAUUGAAGAGGGGGGUAUGAACCAUAGCGCUUUCCCCCAGACUCCCUUCAAAACGGGCAAUUCCACUGCCACCUGCACCACGAACAAUAAUCCCAAUUCCUGUGUCAACAUCAAAAAGAUAUUUACCGAUGUUUAAUAUAUGAUACAAGUGACAUGCUGUGCUCAGUAUUGUGUGGAACGUACCCUCUUGGUCUGUGUAUGCCCUUAUUUUAUACAUCUCCAGACCAUUCAUCCAGGAAAGGACAUAAAGAAGUGGAAAGCACACUUCAUUCUCUGUCUCCCCUCUGCUUCAUACUGAAACAGGUGUCUGUUUUGCAAGUGGGCUGCAUUCUCUCAGCUCUCCUUUUUUUUCUUCCUCCCUCUCUUAAUACUGCCAACAAGAAACUUACCUUUCAACUUGGUUUCUAGUAAAAGCCCUGUUUAAAAAAAAAAAAAUCGGUACAUCCUGGGAGGAAAUGAAACUGAAGAACAGUUAGAGUAACUGUUUAACCUCAGAAUUGAAAGGCAAUUUUUUUCUUUACUAAGUAAAGCAGGCACAUACUUGAAUGAUGCUUCCGUUUGAUGGACCCUUCAACAUUAUUGACUGUUUAGUUCAGUUGCCUAUGCUGUGGAUGUGUGGAUGAAAAGUCUACUUAGAACAAUGACUUGUUUAUUUGUUUUUGACUGGAAUUUCUGUUCAGAACCCCCUCCCCCCGGAAUUUUAAGGAUCGGUACAACUUUGACCAAAAAGGAAACGCACAAGAUGUCCUGAUCUGACUACUUAGUUUAACUCUUUGGGGCUUGUUAAGCAUUUCAAAAGUAUUAGACUAAUAUUUUCCUGUGAAGUUCUGUGUGUGUGUGUUCCAGCCAACAUCUAUCAAAGUCUAGAAACAGAUGUUUUCAGUGCUGCUGAGAGAAACAAAAAAAAAAUCCUAAUGCAUCUGAGAGAUAAGCUUCUGCAGUAUCACAAGAUGAUUAAAGUGGCAGACACUCCUUCCAGCGGAAGUUACUAAUUCGGACCUGACUGAUGCAGUUCCCAUAGCAACCCAUGUUUCCUGGGAAACCCGAAAAAGGUUGUCAUGGUAUCUCUUGCUCUCUAGCCCCACCCCCUAGCCCCUGCAGUUUCCACAGUAACCUUUCCAGAUGGUUCCUACUUACAUGAUUUCAUAAGGAAAUCCUCUGUUUGAAUAAACCGCACAAAUAAAGUUAAGUCUGAGAAUCUGAGAUGGUGAAAUGGAUCACAAAAUGCAUAUUUUUUACUACAGAAAAAAUGUUGCUAUCAUCCCACAAUGACUGGAUCAAGAAGGAAGAUAACAUAUUUGGAAUGUUAGAUAUACACCACAAUAAAGUAUGAUUUGAAUUAAAUGCCAGUAAUUAGGCAACAGUUUUAAAAGAUGCUUCUCUACUGUUUUCUUUCUCCAAGAAGUUUUAAGCCAACAAAUGAAAUUUAAAAGCAAAUAUGGAAGUGUUGUGUACAUAAGCAAAUGAAAGAUUCAGUGUACCUGAAACCUUACUACAAGAGACCUUCAGAUUUCCUCUUAAAAAAAAAUCCAGAUCCCACAACAGCACCUUUAACCAUCAUAGCACUUGAAAAGCUAAAUAAACUUAAAAAAUAUAA